AUGUCGAAAGAAUUUAAACACUUCUCAAAGGCUGGUUUAAAUUUUUUUACCUUAAACUAGGCAAACUUAUUUAUGUUAAAUGGUUAGAUGAAAUAAUAGAAAUAUACCUUAAAAUGUUCGAAUAUUAUUUUUUUGCAAAGGUUUCUUUGUUUAUUGAUAAUUAAGUAUAAACAUUAAUGGAAUUGAAGAAUUCGAUGAAGCCAUCAAUUGUGCAGAUAUUAUUUUAAAUAUUAAUACUUAGCACUAUUAAUCAUUUGCAUAAAAAGCUUAAUCACUAAUGAAGUUAGGCAAAUUUAAUGAAGCCAUCAUUUAAAUUGAAAAAGCUUUAAGCAUAAAAUAAAAGGAUUAAAAGUUAAUAAUAAUCAAAGGUAAAAAAUAUUUUAAAGGAAUUAUUUUAAAAUAAAUAUGUAAUUUUCAUGCAGCUAUUAAAUGGUUAACUUUAGCUGAUAAUGAUUAAUAAUCAAAAACCUUGAUUGAAAAAUUGUAAACUUUAACGAUGAUGAUGUCAAAUAUUAAAUAAUUAUUCAAUUUAUAAAAUAAUUUUUAAUUAAAGAGUUUUACCCUUUUAUCGAAUUGGUUGCUUUCAAUGUGA